CACGAAUAGCUAGUGAGAUCUAAUGUGCUGGGGAAACAAAAAUACUUCUAUACCUCUACUAUUAUUGGCAUAACUUGGCAAUGCUUCUGCUUCUAGUUUUGACAGAGUAGGUUCAGUUAUUGCUGUUUUCGCUCCAAAAAUACAUCUCAUGAAUACAACUUCGUAUCACUUUAGUACACUCAAUGCAGGCUUCGUAGCAUCAGACAGAAUUUAUCAAUGCGAGCCACUUCACGUGACACGAAAGCCGUAUUUAGCCCCCAAUUCAUGACAACGCGACUGCGUCGGCCGUUCAUUUUACGACGGAAACUGUGUUGGAGAGAAAAUUAUGAAAGGAUACUACCGGCCUUCAAAAUUUUGAAAAACUCUUUUCAAAUGAAACAAAAACAUCCUCAUUUUCUUUCUUCAACUUUUCCCAUUCUUCCUUGAGAAGUUUUGUUUCGUUCUUGAUACUUGUUCUAGAUUUGUAGGUUUUCCAUUCAGGCAUCUUCAAGGUUGUUUUUGGAACGGUAGCACUACUCCUGGAUCGAAUUGGCACACUUCGUGACUUCAUCGAGACACCUCUCAUCUUUGACGACGAACUCUGCAUUCCAAUUGCAUCACUGCUCCUCGUUCUUCGGGGAGCUACGCGCAUGAGCGUAUCACUGCUUCUUGAUCUUCGAGGAGCUGCCCGCACGAAAGAGCCUGAAUUAUCGCUAUUCGACGAUCGUUGAAGAGUUUCCCACUCAAAAGAGUCUGAAUUGUGGUCGUUCAAGGCCUCAAAAUGCUCACAGCUGCUCUCUCGCUCCAAACUUGCAAAGAUUGCACUUUUCCUUUCUCGUCGAUUAUGCCUUAUAGUCGUCGAACCUUCGAAUUCGACUGAUUGCCCCUGCCGGUUGUGAAACAAGCCAACCCCCUUUUUCUUGUACGGUUUUGUGAAUGAUGAUCCACUGCUAUUCCAAGAAUUCCCGAAACUACUUCUUUUGGUGCAAAACGUUGAAGAAUCGAUCAGCUUGAAACCAUUGUCGUCGAUACUCUCUUCAGAAUUCUGUUCGAGAUUGGCAUUAUCUCUAGUGGUUUUGGCGUCUUCUGAGGUGUUCCGCUGCCUGAUUUUCGCCUUUUUGUUCUCAUCUCGUGCUGGGGUCUCCAAGUAAUCCAUACUGCUACUGAGACCUUCAGAAGUCCUCCGUCCUUUACUUCUGGCCUUUUUCUUUGUAUCCCGUGUUGGAGAUCCAAGGUUGUCCAGUACCAAAUCAGUGAUUGAUAGUGAUGCCAGUAGCUCAUCAGCGGACUGGCUGUGAAGCCAUUCAGAAACAUCUUCAGUUUUGCUCGAAUCACUUUUCCUCCGAGUUCGCGAUUGCGACCUCGAUCUCGAACGCUCACGGCGAAGGACUGAACUCCUGUGACCCUUUUCCCGAAUUUCUGAAGUUGAACCCUGAGAAAGCGAUCGCCUCCUUGUCUUACUCCUGACUUCUGAAGUGGAACCCUGCGAAAGUGACCGUCUCCUUGACUUGCCCUGGCUCUCUCCAGAUGCACCCUCAGAAAGCGAUCGUCUCCUUGACUUGCUCCGUUCCCGAUUUCGGUUGUCGUCUUUGAAAGUCGUAUUCUUUUCAUUGUUUUUUGAUGAACGACUCCUGCUCCCGCUCCUUCCCCGUCUUCCACGCGAUCUGUCUCUUUGGGUCCUCCCCGGACUUCGACUCUUUCUAUUUGGCGUUUGCCGGAUGUCUAGUUCACUAAUUGAUUUUUUGCCCAGUUUCCUUCUGCUUCUCCCCCGCUUUAUCGUCCUUGCAUCCUGCGGUUCCCCCAUGCUACUGCCUUGGUCUGUUACAAGUGUUAGCUCAUCUUCCGAGUUUUCUACAUUGAUUGAACCAGAAAAGUGAUUGCCGUCAUCGUUUGAAAUCGGCGUGCUUACUGUGUUACCCACCGUAAGCGAGCAGCGUGACUCUUUUGAGUCGUUCAUUUUCUCGCCAAGAAAUGCGCCCAGCUCCUUGCUCUUGCGCCGUUUUUUACCCGCUGGUUUUGACGAUUUUUUUUCUUUUUUCUUUGUUUUUGUUUUGCGACUUUCCGCAAGAACUUCGUUCAUGUCCGCUAUUUGUUUGUAGUGAGCACUUUUCCGAUAGAAGUACAAAUCAACAUACUUUGACCGUAUAUAUCGUUCUUUCUUCGAUACAUCAGCGUCCAUCAGCGGUUUGAUACCGAUUUCGUCAGUUGUAGACUUUCGAAGGUGGCCCUCAAAAAUCUCGUUGAUUAUUCCGUUGCCAGAAUGCUGCGCAUGUUCUAUCUCGUCUUUCUUGAACUCGUCUUCCUUAAUACUUCGAACGUAACAAAUGUCCGUUCCCAACUUUUUGUGGCAUUCUGCACACUCCAAACAAACAAAGGAUGCCAAUACCUUGCUACCAAGCGCAAAGGACUGCUGUGGUUGAAUGAAAGAGAUCCAUCCCGGCCGCUUCUCGGGACAAUCCGCGCAAAUCUUGUUGUCGGAAUUGCGCAACAGACGUGCGAGUCGUUUUUUCAGCUCCACUUUCUUCUUCUCUGCUUUCUCUGCUUUUGCGGCCAUCGUAUCGUAUGCAACUUCAGAUUUCUACAGCUGCCACCGCCCCUUUCGUGCGGUCUUUCUAAAAUGUUAUCGCGUUGUCACAGGGAUAUUGAUGUAAAGCUAUAGUUGGACUGAACUUCUGCAACAUAAUAAACUAUAGCCUAUCAU